AUGAAGUGCUUCGAGAAGUUGGUUAUAGCUUGUAUCAACUUCUACCUCAGUAAGGAUCUGAACCCGCUUCAACUCGCCUAUCGCCACAACAUGUCUACAGCAGACACUAUCUCGCUGGCUCUCCACUCUGCUAUGGACCACCUGGACAAAUGGAACGUCAUUUCUGGGCUUCGGGACGUUCCGUUGCGUGGUGUCGCUGCCAUGGGAGACGGUGGGGAGAAUGGGAAGACGCAGCCUGGGCGCACAACGAAAAUGUGUAGCACUAUCCAUCAGAUUAUGGAAAAUGAUUAUUUGAAAGAAGCUGUUACAGAGAAGCAUUGUGUUGAGUCUAGUACUGUGCUGUCACACAUUCAGCUAGCUUCUUGCUGGCAAUAUUGUGCCUUUCCUCAUAAUAAACGAGAUGUGUGCGUUUGGAAUAUCCAUAAUCCUCUUCUGCAGAGCCUGGAAUUAAAAGGCCACCAUCAGUCAGUUACUGCUGUAGCAUUUGGACACCACCAUGAACCAACACUUCUGUGUUCUGCAGCUGAAGAUUAUAUAAUUAUAUGGGAUAUGGAAGCAUGCCAAACCAGAAUACAGCAAGGCUUUGUACCUAGAGGAACUGUUGUAGGAACUCUUCUGGGAAAGGUGCUGUAUUUGUGCUUCAGUCCAGAUGACCAAAUGGUGGCUACCUGUGCAGAAAAUAAAAUCUACGUGUUGAACUGUAAGCAGGAGGAUAUUUUAACUGUCUUUGAAGGCCACCUUGGUGCAGUAACAGCUGCAGAAUUUUGUCCUUGGCAGCCAAACAUACUUGUAUCAAUCUCUGAAGACAGGACCUUUAAGGUUUGGAAUCUCACUAAUAAAUUAUUGCUGUAUCAGUCAGCAGUAUUAUCAAGCUGUCCUCUGUUGAGCUUGUGUAUGGAUAACAAAGCCAAACAAUUUAUUACUGGAUCUGCUAAUGGACAGCUCGAUGUUUUCACAUCAUUGAAUGGGCAACAGUGCCGUCGUGUGCUGCAUAUCGACCUACAGAAAGAACAGCAAAAAUACAACUCUAAGAUCCAGCAAAAAAUUAGAUUAUCGGAGAAUUCAGAUGCUGAGUGUAUAAACAGUUUGAGUAAUUGUAGGAAUCUGCAUUACUCUUCACCCAGUUUCAAUGAUGAUGAUUUGGAAAGUGGAUCACGCGCAUGUAUGGAAUUUCCAGUCCUCAGAAUGACUCACUGUGAAUAUAUAUUAAGUAGCUUGUUGAAAAGGGAUUCAAGUGUUAUACCAGAAAAUUCCAGCAGCCUAUGGGUAGGGACAAUACAUGGCAUAUUCAAUAUUAAUCUUGCCAGUGGUGAAGUUGACGCAACUGUUCAAUUUGAAGAUCAUCUUGGGUUAAGCAUUCAGACAGCUGGAGCUUAUGCAAUUGGAAGUAGAAGCACUAACAAGAUUUUCUGUCUUCUUUCUUCUAUGUUUGGAAAGCAUAUUGCUCUGCUGGAAAUCGAUUUACAUGAGCUUGCAAGAAAGUGUCUACAGUACAGAAAUGAAGAGGAGCCACUCUGUGUUAUUGCCAGAGCCCCUUUGCUGCCCACUUCCCCUUUAAACUGUGAUACAAAGCAGAAAGAGAAGUCAGCUGUUCCAUUGAAGAUGGUGACAGUGUUCCUCAUCGACUUUGUGGACUUGAAAGUUGAUGACUGUGUUUGA